AUGGCGAAUAUCAAUCGAUUUCCCAAAUUAAUCUACUUCUUAUUUCUCGUUGGCCUAUAUCUGGUUCGUAUAAAUGCAAAUGAGGAAUAUAACACUGUGACCACUGAUAGCACAUCGUGGAGCUCAGAUACGAUGCCCAUUUUUGACAAGUUUCAUUUAUCAUUCGUUCGAAAUAUGUUCGAGACGUUGGGAUCGAGAUCAGACGAUUCAGACGACGAUUCUGAUGGUCCUACUGCUGCGCAAAAAUAUGGUUACGGUUUUUUAAGUGUAUUAGUCAUUAGUACAUUCUCACUUAUUGGUGCAGCGAUUUUUCCAUUAAUGAAGAAACCUUACUAUAAAUACAUCAAUGCAUUUUUCACAUCAGUGGCUGUGGGAGCAUUAUUUGCCAACAGUGCCUUUGAACUAUUUCCUGCUAUCAUUCAAUAUGAGAGUGGUAAUAGGCGAUCAGUCAAUCAUACGGAAAUAAACACGACGAAACCAGACUCAGAAAAUGACGAAGAAGAACCUAUUGUGCCGCUUUUUCUUUGGCAAAUGUUGAUACUUGUUUUAACUGCCUAUUUCUUUUAUUUCCUUGAAAUGAUGAUCAAUGUCUUCAUCGUCUAUCGAGAUCGACGAAAGAAAGAAGUUUUCGAAUUUGAUCACGAUAAUUUACCGCCUGACGAUAGAAGCACAUUGCCUGCUCUUACUCCUCGAUCUCGUAGUGAAACAAUUCUUUCAGCAACUUUUCCCAAUAUUGCUCUAACAUUCGAAGAUAAGCAAACGCCCGCUAUCGGAUGGGUGAUUAUCAUCGGUGAUGGUAUUCAUAAUAUUGCAGAUGGUCUUGCUAUUGGUGCUGCAUUUUCUGAUAGUAUUAUUCUCGGUAUAGCACAAGCAAUAGCUGUUGCUUGUCAAGAAUUUCCAAGUGAACUUGGUGAAAUGAUGAUUCUGAUCGAAUCAGGUUUUACGAUAAAACGUGCACUCUUGUUCAAUUUCUUUUCUGCCUGUACAGCUUUUCUCGGCUUUUUCGUUGGUGUUGGUCUCUCUGAAAACGAGACUGCCAGAAUAUGGAUUUUUUCGGUAACGGCGGGUAUAUUCACAUAUAUUGCUCUUGUUGAUUUAUGGCCAACACUAAUGCCCGAAGCUAAGCAGUUCGAAUGGAGACGGUUUGCUUGUGUGACUGCAGGGUAUUUGUUUGGAGUAUUUGUUAUGUUUGGUUUGGGUAUAUUAACUGAACAACUCGUACCGCACCCGACAAAACGUUGA